AUUUUAUCUGUGGCAUACACUCACUCAUCCAUCAUCUUUUCUUUGAAUAGAAUAGAAUUUAUAAAAUAAAAAAUGGGCGAAGUUGUGAUAGAUUGUACUUGUUGCAAUCAGUUAUGAGUGUAUUUAAAGUAUGCAGUGAUAUAUGCUACUAAGUUUUACCUUUCAUAUAUUGAAUCAUUUAAGGAUUAGUGUUAUGAUAAGUCAAUAGGUAGUCUUCUUUAUGUUUGUGAUUGUAUUACAUACCUUGAUAAUGAUUUGUUAACGCUAAUGUGGUAUGGCACUUGUUACAAUUCGUCGUUCUCCGAGUGUGCAAACACCUAGGAAAACGGAUGAGACCGAGAAGGCAAGUGAUAAUAUUGAAGACGAUGUUGGGAACCGCAUCAGCAAGAGUCUCAAUGAGUGCUACUUCGCGAAUAAGGGCGCAGCAGUGGUGCUGGGAAGUGCAGAGCGUGGCUGUACGAACCCGUGGCGGUCGCCAGCGCGCGCGUUCCCUCAGCCCGACAUACAACAUCACCUGCAGUCCAUGUUCUACUUGCUGCGCCCCGAAGAAACGCUCAAAAUGGCGGUGAAACUGGAGAGCGCUCACGCAGGUCGCACCAGAUACCUGGUAGUGGUAUGCCGCAGCAACGAGGCGGCGUUGCUCGGCAUCGAUUGCAAUGAGCGCACCUCUGUCGGACUUGUGCUGCGCGUACUUGCUGAUACCUCUAUUAAAUUGGAUGGCGAUGGAGGAUUCAGUGUAUGUGUGUGCAAUCAACAACACAUAUUCAAGCCGGUAUCGGUACAGGCCAUGUGGUCGGCGUUACAGACUCUCCAUCGUGCGAGUGCACAGGCCCGGGAGAUGAACCACUUCGCGGGCGGUACGUCGCACUCGUGGUGUUCCUUCUAUGAGAGCCACGUGGACUCGGACCGCUCUUGUCUCAACGAGUGGCACGCCAUGGACUGCAUCGAGUCCCGCCGCCCGCCUUCCCCUGAUUCACUCAGACUCAAGCCUCGAGAAAGGGACGAGACUGAACGUGUGAUACGCUGUACACUAAAAGAGAUCAUGAUGAGCGUGGAUUUGGAUGAAGUGACAAGCAAAGCCAUCCGAGGGCGCCUCGAGGAGGAACUAGACAUGGACCUUGCUGAGUACAAGUCUUUCAUCGACCAAGAGAUGCUCACUAUACUGGGACAGAUGGACGCACCCACUGAGAUCUUUGAUCAUGUCUAUCUCGGCUCCGAAUGGAACGCCAGCAAUCUAGAAGAGUUACAACGCAAUGGGGUGAGGCACAUUUUGAAUGUAACGAGAGAGAUCGAUAAUUUUUUCCCCGGUAUGUUCGACUAUCUAAACAUUAGAGUUUAUGAUGAUGAGAAGACUGACCUUUUAAAACACUGGGAUAACACAUACAAAUAUAUAAACAAAGCAAAGAAUGAAGGUUCGAAGGUUCUUGUUCACUGCAAAAUGGGAAUUAGUCGAUCAGCAUCUGUGGUGAUUGCAUACGCCAUGAAGGCAUUCAAUUGGAAUUUCGAGAAAGCUCUGAAACAUGUCAAAGCCAAGAGGAAUUGCAUUAAACCGAAUACGAAUUUUUUAAACCAACUUGAGACCUACCAAGGCAUACUCGAUGCGAUGAAGAACAAGGAAAAGUUACAGCGUUCGAAAUCAGAGACAAACCUGAAAUCUCCCAAGAAUAUUUCCAAAACGGAGAGCAAAGUGAUGGAGCCCACGCCGCUGGUGCUGGCGCUGACGGGCUCGUACUCGGGCCGGCCGCGCUCCUGGUCGCCCGACACCAAGGCCGCCGCUGAACUGCUCCCCCCGCCGCAGCCCACCUCCGUCUCGCUGGAGAACUUGCCCUUCGAAACUCGUCAUAUGCUCAUGCCAUGUGCUAAUGGGAGUUAUAGUGUCUCACCUAAUCAGAUAAUGAGGCUAAAAGAAGAGGGAGCACCGUCAGUCAAACAUAUAGUAAAUGAAAUAGAGAAUGCUGCGUCGAGCGAUCGAAAAGAUUUUAGUAAAAGAUAUCAAAGGUUAAAUUUUGGUACUCAAAAUGAGUCUCAAAAUAGUAAAACGCUCGAAGCUCCCGCUGCCUUGAUAAAUCAAGCAGAGACACCGAACAAACCACCGCAAGCCUCGCCUUCUAAAAAUCUAAGUCACAAAUAUGCACAGUCAAACUUCGAAGUGGAUAAAAUACACACUUGGGAUCCUGGGGAGGCCUCGUGGCCGAAAGGUGAUGAGAACAGAACACUUAGCAAUAGUGAUAAUAUAGUGAAAAGUGACAGUGGAAUUAUAGACGUGAAGACCAAUAAAGUGACAACUAGUGACACUCUUGCAAAUUCUGUAGAACGUUCAAAUUUAGAUAGCGACGAUAGGAGAGCCGUCGACGACGACGCACCACCGCCGAGCAGGCAGAGCUCGUGGAGCUCGUUCGAUAGUGCAGUAGUGUUGGACCUCUCGCGACACUCCUCGUGGGGCUCCUACGAUACCAGGGCUCCUAAGCCCCAGGUGCCGCGGGACGAGCCUAAGCGGCCCAAGGAACGCAACGACGAGCGAGCUCGCAAGGAUGACAGCGACAAGAUUGCUGAGCCCGGACUCGCUCCGCAGAAGUCCGACCUCGGCAUCAUCAGCGAGCACAACGAGGCACGCAGUAGCGGGCGGCGCGCUGACAACGUGCGGAAGUUUAAUGAAACCUGUGCCAUACUCAAGGAGCUCGCCUCCGCCGCCGCGCGCAUGGAACGCGCCCGCGACCGCGGCGCGUCCACCUGGAGCGGUCGCCUCUCCGCGCCCGACACCUGGCUGCGUGCCGGCCUACGCCGGCGCCGCGCCACCUGCGCCUCGCACGGGGACCUGCCCCGCGCUGCCCCCGCUGCGCCCGAGCCCGCCGAGCCUGCCGCGGGCCUAGUUAGCAACCUCAAAAAGGAGUUUGAGGCACGUUCUGAGACCGACACGCUUCGUCGCGUUGACUCACGUCGCUCCACUCCCUCUGAGGGUCGUGAUCGGCCGCCCGCAUCGCCACCCUCAGGCGAAGACCUGUCAGUGAAGGUGUUGGUGAACCGCUACGAUCGGCCAGGUCGGGCGCGCUGCGAGUCGAGCUGCGAGACGAGGCGCAGUCGCGCUUCCGAGUCGUUAUCGAAGAAGUGUAAGCUGGCGGCGGACGGAGAGGCCCGCGCGCGGUCCGCGCUGCGGAAUUCGUUCUGCGGUGCGGUGCGGGGGGCGGCGGAGCGACCUCCUCCCGCCCCCACGGUCGUGUCGCUGGCUCCUCUCGACUACAGCGAAGUGGUGGUAUCAACUGUGAUGUCGAAAGCUCAAACUAAAAAACAAUUGCAACAUGGGAAGACCCAUCCGUUGACGAGGCUCAACUUGAAUCGGUCGAAUAAUAGAUGUUCAAAUCCUGUAUAUAAUACUAUGUAGAAGUAUUUAUGUUUUUUAUUUAUUAUGAAUUCUUGCCAAACUCGAUAUUUUAUCUUUCUAGAGUUUUAUAUACUAUAUUUACAAAAUGAAAUCACAGUGUAUUUGUCUAUCACUUAAAAUUGUAUAAACGGCUGUUUGUGAGUAGAGAAAUGUUAAAAAGGAGAAUAAAUUCAAUACAACUGAUGUACAACUUUUACGUCCGCGUUUAUUGUGCGAGACCUUUCCCAACUAUGCAGAAUAGAAAAAGCAAAAACAAAAUAAUGAAACAUGUAAAGAUUUUUAAUUAAUAUUUCACAAUAAAGACAAAAUCAACAAGAUUACAUGCUCAAAUAAUAAUAUGCACUUAGCAAUAAUGUGUUCAAGAAAUAUUCCACACGUUUAUUUUCAUAAUCUUGGAGUAAGGUUUAGCUUACAUAACAUCCUGAAGCAUCUGGCAGCUGGUCAACCAAAGUCUACGGUCUGUAAUCUUUUCCCAGUAACAAACGAAACACGAGGUACAUUUGGUAUUUCGCUUAUUUUUUUGUAGGUCUCUGUAACUUUACUUGGUUUUCUUCUAAUUGUACCGAAAUCAAAAGCGUAAAUGCCGCCUUGAUUAUUUCUUAUGCAACAUU